UCGCCCGUGAACACAACCCCAGUCGCGUGCAACAACCCCCACCACGCACAACCCCCUCAGGCCGACCGCCUCUGCUGCCGUUACCUAGGCCACGGCUGAUACAACAACGCUCACUCCAACAACCACCACCAACCACGGCUCCUGGGGAAGAAGUUCUUCAGACCGAACACGUAAGCGGAGAACGAUGGAGGACAGCUCCGGAGACGCCCGCCUGGACUUCCUCGAGGCGUACACCCUCAAGACGUUCCGCGUCAAGGCGGACAGGUGGCACAAGUGCUUGGCCGUCGAAGACUGCCGACGGCUCCUCCUCGACUUCCUCGACAACCGAGGAGCCGACCACUCGCCCCUGUUGGUCAUCUCCCUGACGCCCGCGGGGCUGCUGCAGCCUUCGCUGGGAUUCCCAGCGCCGUCGUCGUCGGCAGCAGCCAAGACGGCGGGGGCGAGCAACGCGGCGAAGGCGGUCUUCUUUGCCAAGAAGUCCGCGGACACGUGCGGCGGCGGCGGCGUCUUCCCCCCCAUCUCCGCCGAGACGAUCCGCAAGGCGCUGCUGUGCGGAGACCUCAGCUACGCGCCGCUGGAGCAGUUUGCCGCCCUGGUGGAGGAGGUGAUCGUGCCGAUCCUGGGCAACGAGAAGAACCACGGAGGGUGGCCGGCAGUGGUGGCGCAGGAUCUGCGACGGCACCUGGGCAGCCUGCAGAGCAGCGUGUUCGUCGUGUCGGGGCAGGUCAAGGGCAAGACGCUGCUGCCCAUCCCGGCCGGUGCCGAGCGAGUGGUUGACGCCGACCGUCCCCUCAAAGAUGAGGACAGCGUGGACCGCUCGGUGGUGCACGCCAUCGAGUCGGUGGUCAUCGAGUGGAGCCACCAGAUCCAGGAGGUGCUGAAGAAGGACUCGUCCAGGCCUCUGAUGGAGGGACUCAACCCCAACCCCAGCGCCGAGCUGGAGUUUUGGCAAAGCAGAUACGCGGACCUGGAGUGCAUCCACGAGCAGCUGCAGUCCCGGCGCGUCUGCUCCAUGGGCGACCUCUUGGAGAGGACACAGAGCACCUACUUCCCGGCCUUCAAGGCCAUGAUACAGGACGUGGUCACAGCCCUGGAGGAGGCGCGCAACAUCAACAGCAACCUGAAGCCACUGAAGCGCACGAUGGAGGACGUGGAGGGUGCCGAGCUGAACGAGGCUGGGCCGCUGCUGGCGCCGCUGAUGCGCGUCGUCGCCCUGGUGUGGCGCAACUCGCGUUUCUACCGCACGCCCGAGCGCAUCGUGGUGCUGCUGCGGGAGAUCUGCAACCUCCUGAUCCAGCAGGCCCGCUUGUUCAUCAACGCUGAGGAGGUGCUGAAGGGCGAGGCGGAGGAGAACCUGGCUCGAGUGCGCGAGGCCCUCUCCAUCCUGCGCCUCUUCCGCUCCGUCUACGAGGAGGAGAGGGCGGCCCUGCCCUCCCUGCGCAAGGGCAUCGAUGACGAUGGCGGCGACGACGGCGGCGGCGGCGACGACGGCUGGGAUUUCCCGCCCAACACCGUCUUCUCACGCCUCGACCGCUUCACGGAGAGAGUCACCGACGUGGAGGAGCUGCUGGUGACGGCCGUGGACAUGUUCAAGCUGGAGAAGAUUGAGAUCGGGGGCCUCCGUGGCCGAGUGCUGAGCCAGCGCGUCUGCGACAUCCACCAGCAGUUUCAGGAGCUCUUUGGGCAGUUUGCCGAGAAAACUUACGACUGCUUGGACGUGACAAACGAGGAGUUUGAAAAGGACGUACGGAACUUCAAGAUUCAGGUUGACGACAGCGACCGGCAGCUCGGAGCGAUUUUCUGCCAAGCUUUUGCCGACGCGCUGAGCGUGGAGCACGCCUUCAAGCUCAUGGACAUGUUCGGGUCUCUCCUGGAGAGGCCUCUGAUUGCGGACGACGCCAACGUGCACCUGCCGCGCCUCGUGACCAUGUUCGACCAGGACCUGGACAGCGCCAAGGUCAUCUACAACCGACACAUCGCCACGGAGAAGGACCUGGGCCGGCCGCCCGUCAGUAAGAACAUGCCCUAUGUGGCGGGAGGCCUGCGUUGGGCCCAGCUGCUGGAAGGGAGGAUCGAGGUUCCCUACAGGAAUUUCAAGCACUUCUCCCACCGGUGCAUGGAGACUGUUGAGGCGCACAGCAUGAUGCAGAAGUACGAGGAGAUGAUCGAGCUGCUCAAGAGGUACAAGGAGCGUCUCUUUGCCGAGUGGGCCCAGUCUGUGGGCGAGAGGUCGGAAUUCAACCUGUCCCAGCCGCUCAUCUGUCGGGACCCCGAGACUCGCCUCAUAUCGGUCAACUUCGACCCUCAGCUGGUGGCCGUGCUGCGGGAGGUGCGGUACCUGGAGUUGUUGGCUCGUGGCGGUGGCGGCGGUGGCGGCGGCGGCUGCGCUGGCAGCGUCGGUGGUAGUUUGGCAGGGGAGCAAGAUUUUGGCGGACUCAAGUCCGUGCCGGAGGAGGCGCAGAGACUCUACGCGGGGCGGGAGGAUUUGCGGCGGUGCGUGGCGAGCCUGGAGCUGACGGUCGGCUGGUACAACAAGGUGCUGCGCUCCGUGCUGGAGGUGGAGCUGCCCCUCGUGGCCGGGCAGCUCCAGGACAUGGACGACAAGCUGGAGCUGGCAGAGGGCACGCUGUGCUGGAAGAGCCAAGGCGUGUGGGAGUACAUCCAGACGACGCGCGACCUCGUCAAGGACCUGGAGAGUCGCACGCAGAGGGCCAAGGAGAACGUGGAGGUGGCUUGCGGCCUCAUGAAGGCCUGGGUGUCGCCCAUCUUCGAGCGCAAGGACGGCAAGAGGGAGGCGCUCCUCAAUCUGGACGACCGCAAGGAGCGGCUGGAGAAACGGUAUCAGGUGCUGCGGGACUCGGGCCAGAAGAUUCACGAUCUUCUCAAGGAGAACCUGGAGCUGCUGCAAGCGGACGCGAGCUCGGAGGAGUGGCAGGCGUACGUGGAGUACGUGGACGAGAUGGUGGUGGAUGGGUUCUUCACGGCCAUCGAGUGCUCGCUCAAGUUCCUCGUCGAGAACAUGGAUGCCCGGACGUGCGGCGCUCCGCUCUUCAAGGUGCGGCUGGAGCUGGUGGCGCCUGAGCUGGUGUUCAGCCCGUCGUUGGACGAGCAGGACAGCGGCGAAGGCCUCGCGGACCUGGUGGAGGCGCUGGUGAACGACGUGUACCGCGUGUCGUCGCUGGUGCCGCGCCUCGCCGUGCACAGCAGCUUCCCGCACUACCAGGCGGACAUGGAGGACAUGGUGGACCUGGCCGACAUGCGGGACGAGCUGAUGCGGCGCGUACGGACCGCCGCGGGCCGCUGCCUGGAAUACCGCGCGACGCUGGCGACGUACGCGCACCUCUGGGCCGACGACCGGCACGAGUACCUGCGCCAGUUCCUGCUCUACGGCCACGCGCUCACCCCCGAGGAGGUGGAGAUACUCGCCACGGCCCACACGGCGGAUGACGACGAGGGCCACGUGGCGGGCGUGAUGGAGCAGCCCCCGACGCUGGCGCAGUUCCGCGAGCAGGUGGACGGCUACGAGCGCCUGCACGAGGAGGCGUCGCGCCUCGAGCCGUCCACCACGGUGGAGGGGUGGCUGCGCGUGGACGCGCGCCCCUUCAAGGCGUCGCUGCUCAACGUCAUCAAGCGCUGGAGCCUCAUGUUCAAGCAGCACCUGGUCGACCACGUCACCAACAGCCUCCUGGGCCUGGAGCAGUUUGUGCAGGAGAAGGAGGAGGGCCUGGGCCAGAAGAUAAAGGAGGGCAACUACCACGGCUUAGUGGACGUCAUGGGCCACCUGAUGGCCGUCAAGGAGCGGCAGGCGAGCACGGACGCAAUGUUCGAGCCGCUCAAGGAGACCAUCGAGCUCCUCAAGUCGUACGACCAGGAGCUUCCGGACGACGUCUACAGGCAGCUCGAGGAGCUGCCGGAGAAGUGGACGAACCUGAAGAAGGGCGCGGUGGCCAUGAAGCAGCAGGUGGCACCGCUGCAGGCCGCCGAGGUGGCCGUGCUACGCAGGAAGUGCGCCGCCUUUGACGUGGAGCAGCAUCGCUUCCGCGAGCGCUUCCGGGCGAAGGCGCCGUUCUGCUAUGACUGCGCCAAGCCCUACGCGCUGCUGGACACUUGGCACCACGACCUGUCCUCCAUGGAGGCGUCGCUCGCCAGCCUGGCCGAGUCGGCCAGCCUCUUCGAGGUGGCCGUGCCGGACGCGCGGCAGCUGCGGCAGUGCCGGCGCGAGGCGCGCGCCCUCCGGGAGCUGUGGGAUGUGACGGCGCUGGUGCGGUCCAGCGUGGGCGACUGGCGCGACACGAGGUGGCGGCAGCUGGACGUGGACGCGAUGGACGCCGAGUGCAAGCGGUUCGCGCGCGACCUCCGCGCGCUCGACAAGGAGACGCGCGCCUGGGACGCCUUCGCGGGCCUCGACUCGGAGGUGAAGAACAUGAUGACGUCGCUGCGCGCCGUCGCCGAGCUGCAGAACCCGGCGAUUCGCGAACGGCACUGGCAGCAGCUCAUGCAGGCGACGGGCGUGCGCUUCUCGAUGGACGAAGACACCACGCUGGCCGACCUGCUGCAGCUGAACCUGCACUCGUUUGAGGACGAGGUGCGCUCCAUCGUGGACAAGGCGGUGAAGGAGAUGGGCAUGGAGAAGGUGCUGCGCGAGCUGCGCUCCACCUGGGGCCAGAUGAGCUUCGGCUACGAGCCGCACCCGCGCACCGCCGUGCCGCUGCUGCGCUCCGACGAGGAGCUCAUCGAGACGCUGGAGGAGAACCAGGUGCAGCUGCAGAACCUGAUGACAUCCAAGUAUGUGGCGUUCUUCCUGGAGGAGGUGUCGAGCUGGCAGCGGCGCCUCUCCACGGCAGACUCGGUCAUCUCCAUCUGGCUGGAGGUGCAGCGCACGUGGUCCCACCUGGAGAGCAUCUUCAUCGGCUCCGAGGACAUCCGCUCGCAGCUGCCCGAGGACAGCAAGCGCUUUGAGGGGAUCGACGCGGACUUCCGUGAGCGGGCUUACGACACAGAGAAGACCCCCAACGUGGUGGAAGCCACCAACAAGCCGGGGCUGUAUGAACAACUGGAGGACAUUCAGGGCAGGCUGGCGCUGUGCGAGAAGGCCCUGGCCGAGUACCUGGACACCAAGCGCCUCGCCUUUCCUCGCUUCUACUUCAUCUCGUCGGCCGACCUCUUGGACAUUCUCUCCAACGGCACCAACCCUCAGCUGGUCCAGCGUCACCUGUCGAAGCUCUUUGACAACAUGGCCAAGAUGGAGUUUGAGAAGGGCCCAGGUGACGCCGAGACGAAGACCGGGCUCGGGAUGUACAGCAAGGAGGGAGAGUACGUGGCCUUCAACGCGCCGUGCGACUGCAGCGGCCCGGUGGAGGUCUGGCUGAACAGGCUGCUGGACAGCAUGAGAGCCACGGUGCGACUCGAGAUGAUGGAGGCAGUGGUGGCUUACGAGGAGAAACCACGAGAACAGUGGCUCUUCGACUAUCCGGCCCAGGUGGCCCUCACGUGCACGCAGAUCUGGUGGACGACGGAGGUGGGCAUCUCGUUUGCCCGCCUGGAGGAGGGCUACGAGGGCGCGCUCAAGGAGUACUUCAAGAAGCAGGUGGCGCAGCUCAACACUCUCAUCUCCAUGCUCAUCGGGCAGCUGACGCCCGGCGACCGCCAGAAGAUCAUGACCAUCUGCACCAUCGAUGUGCACGCGCGUGACGUCGUCACCAAGAUGAUCGCGCAGAAGGUGGAGAACUCGCAGGCGUUCGUGUGGCUGUCCCAGCUGCGUCACCGCUGGGACGACGAGAGGAAGCACUGCUUCGCCAACAUCUGCGACGCGCAGUUCCUCUACUCCUACGAGUACCUGGGCAACACGCCGCGCCUAGUCAUCACACCGCUCACCGACCGGUGCUACAUCACGCUGACCCAGUCGCUACACUUGACCAUGAGCGGAGCGCCAGCGGGGCCGGCCGGCACCGGCAAGACCGAGACCACCAAGGACCUGGGCCGGGCCCUGGGAAUCAUGGUCUACGUGUUCAACUGCUCCGAGCAGAUGGACUACAAGUCGUGUGGGAGCAUUUACAAGGGGCUGGCUCAGACGGGAGCGUGGGGGUGCUUUGACGAGUUCAACCGCAUCUCGGUGGAGGUGCUCUCUGUGGUGGCCGUGCAGGUGAAAUGCAUUCAAGACGCCAUUCGGGACAAGAAGAAGAGGUUCAACUUCCAAGGCGAGGAGAUCAACCUGGUGCCAUCGGUCGGCAUCUUCAUCACCAUGAACCCGGGCUACGCGGGUCGCACCGAGCUACCCGAGAACCUCAAGGCCCUCUUCAGGCCGUGCGCGAUGGUGGUGCCGGACUUCGAGCUCAUCUGUGAGAUCAUGCUGGUGGCCGAGGGCUUCAUCGAGGCGCGACUGCUGGCUCGCAAGUUCAUCACGCUCUACCAGCUGUGCAAGGAGCUGCUUUCCAAACAGGACCACUACGACUGGGGCCUGCGCGCGAUCAAGUCCGUGCUGGUGGUGGCCGGCUCGCUCAAGCGCAGCGACCCGGACCGCCCCGAGGACCAGGUGCUCAUGAGGGCCCUGCGCGACUUCAACGUCCCCAAGAUCGUGACGGACGACCUGCCCGUCUUCAUGGGCCUCAUCGGCGACCUCUUCCCCGCGCUGGACGUCCCUCGCAAGCGCGACCCCGAGUUCGAGCGAGCCGUCAAGGAGUCUGUGCUCGACCUCAAACUUCAGGCGGAGGACAACUUUGUUCUCAAGGUGGUGCAGCUGGAGGAGCUGCUGGCAGUGCGGCAUUCCGUGUUCGUGGUGGGCGGCGCCGGCACGGGCAAGUCGCAGGUGCUGCGCUCGCUGUACCGCACCUACCAGUUGGCGCGGCGCCGUCCCGUCUGGGCCGACCUCAACCCCAAGGCGGUCACCAACGACGAGCUGUUUGGCAUCAUCAACCCCGCGACGCGCGAGUGGAAAGACGGUCUCUUCUCAACGAUCAUGCGCGACCUGGCCAACAUCUCGCACGACGGGCCCAAGUGGAUCGUCCUGGAUGGAGACAUCGACCCCAUGUGGAUCGAGUCCCUCAACACGGUGAUGGAUGACAACAAGGUGCUGACGCUGGCCAGCAACGAGCGGAUCCCUCUCAACCCCACGAUGCGACUCCUGUUUGAGAUCAGCCACCUCCGCACGGCGACGCCAGCCACCGUCUCCAGAGCCGGAAUCCUCUACAUUAACCAGGCGGACCUUGGAUGGAACCCCCCGGUGAGCAGCUGGGUGGACGGGCGAGAGGUGCAAUCUGAGCGGGCCAACCUAAGCAUCCUCUUCGACAAAUACCUGCCCAUGUGCCUGGACACACUACGCACGCGGUUCAAGAAGAUUAUUCCCAUUCCGGAGCAAAGCAUGGUGCAGAUGCUCUGCCACCUGCUGGAGUGCCUGCUCACGCCCACCAACGCGCCGCCCGACAGCCCCAAGGAGCUCUACGAGCUCUACUUCGUCUUUGCCGCCGUGUGGGCCUUUGGCGGGGCAAUGUUUCAGGACCAGCUCGUUGACUACCGCACGGAGUUCAGCAAGUGGUGGGUGACCGAGUUCAAGACCAUCAAGUUCCCGUCGCAGGGCACCGUCUUCGACUACUACAUUGACCCCGAGAGCAAAAAGUUCGAGCAGUGGACAAAACUCAUCCCCAAGUUCGAGCUGGAUCCAGAGAUUCCCCUUCAGGCGUGCAUGGUGCACACAAUGGAGACGAUGCGCGUGCGCUUCCUCAUGGACCUGCUGAUGGAGCGCCGGCGGCCCGUCAUGCUGGUGGGCGGCGCCGGCACGGGCAAGUCGGUGCUGGUGGGCGACAAGCUGUCGGCGCUGGACGGAGACGCCUACGCGGUGAAGAACGUGCCCUUCAACUACUACACCACCUCCGCCAUGCUGCAGGCCGUGCUGGAGAAGCCGCUGGAGAAGAAAGCGGGGCGCAACUACGGCCCGCCGGGCACCAGGAGGCUCGUGUACUUUGUGGACGACAUGAACAUGCCCGAGGUGGACGCCUACGGCACGGUGCAACCGCACACGCUCAUCCGCCAGCACCUGGACUACAACCACUGGUACGACCGUCAGAAGCUGAGCCUCAAGGAGAUUCACAACGUGCAGUACGUGGCCUGCAUGAAUCCCACCGCCGGCAGCUUCACCAUCAACUCGCGUCUCCAGCGCCACUUCUGCGUAUUUGCGCUCUCCUUCCCGGGCUCCGAGGCUCUGUCCAGCAUCUACAGCUCCAUCCUGGGGCAGCACUUGCGCGGCAGCAGCUUCCCUGCGGCCUUGCAGAAGACGGUGCCGGCGUUGGUGGGCCUGGCGCUGGCGCUGCACCAGAAGGUGUCCUCAGCCUUCCUGCCGACGGCCGUCAAGUUCCACUACAUCUUCAACCUGCGCGACCUCUCCAACAUUUUUCAGGGCAUCCUAUUCUCCACACCCGAGUGCAUCAAGGUGCCCCAGGACCUGAUGAAGCUUUACCUGCACGAGUCGAACCGCGUCUACCGGGACAAGAUGCUGGAGGAGAAGGACUUCCAGAACUUUGACAAGAUCCAGGUCGACACCGUCAAGAGGUUCUACGACGACAUCGACGAGACCCUGGCGCAGGCGCAGCAGAUGAACGUCUUCUGCCACUUUGCGAGCGGCGUGGGCGAGCCCAAGUACCUGCCGGCGGCCAGCUGGGAGUACCUGAACCGCAUCCUCGUGGAGGCCCUGGACAACUACAACGAAACCAACGCCGUCAUGAGCCUGGUGCUCUUCGAGGACGCCAUGGCCCACAUCUGCCGCAUAAACCGCAUCCUGGAAUCGCCGCGCGGCAACGCGCUGCUUGUCGGCGUCGGGGGCAGCGGGAAGCAGAGCCUCACCCGCCUGGCCGCGUUCAUCAGCUCCAUCGAGGUCUUCCAGAUCACGCUGAAGAAGGGCUACGGCAUCCCUGACCUCAAGGCCGACCUCGCGAACCUCUACAUCAAGGCUGGCGUGAAGAACCUGAGCACCUUGCUACUGAUGACGGACGCUCAGGUGGCCGAUGAGAAGUUCCUGGUUCUGGUCAACGACCUCCUGGCCUCGGGCGAGAUCCCGGACCUGUUCCCCGACGACGAGGUGGAGAACGUCAUCGGCAGCGUGCGCAAUGAGGUGAAGGCUGCCGGCCUCCUGGACACGCGCGAGACCUGUUGGAGAUUCUUCAUCGACCGCGUGCGCAGGAACCUCAAGGUGGCGCUGUGCUUCUCUCCCGUGGGGAACAAGCUGCGUGUGCGGGCCCGCAAGUUCCCGGCCGUGGUCAACUGCACGGCCAUCGACUGGUUCCACGAGUGGCCGCAGGUGGCGCUGGAGUCGGUCAGCCUGCGAUUCCUGCAGGAGACGGAGAGCAUCGAGCCGAGCGUGCGGGAGUCGGUGAGCAAGUUCAUGUCGUUCGUCCACACGAGCGUGAACGAGAUGUCGCGGCAGUACCUGGCAAACGAGCGGCGGUACAACUACACGACGCCCAAGUCCUUCCUGGAGCAGAUCAAGCUGUACCAGAGCCUGCUGGCGAGCAAGAGGACGGAGCUCACCGCCAAGAUGGAGCGUCUGGAGAACGGCCUGCAGAAGCUGCAGAGCACCUCGGCACAGGUGGACGACCUGAAGGCCAAGCUGGCGUCGCAGGAGGUGGAGCUCAAGCAGAAGAACGAGGACGCCGACAAGCUGAUCCAGGUGGUGGGCGUCGAGACGGAGAAGGUGUCCCGCGAGAAGGAGAUCGCCGACGCCGAGGAGGCCAAGGUGGCCGUGUUCGCCGAGGAGGUGGGCAAGCAGCAGCGAGACUGCGCCGAGGACCUGGCCAAGGCCGAGCCGGCGCUCAUCGCCGCGCAGGAGGCCCUCAACACCCUCAACAAGAACAACCUGACGGAGCUGAAGUCCUUCGGCUCCCCGCCCCCGGCCGUGACCAACGUGACGGCGGCCGUGAUGGUGCUCAUGGCUCCCGGUGGGCGCAUCCCCAAGGACCGCAGCUGGAAGGCGGGGAAGAUCAUGAUGGCGAAGGUGGACCAGUUCCUGGACUCGCUCAUCCACUUCAACAAGGAGAACAUUCAUGAGAACUGCCUCAAGGCCAUAAAGCCCUACCUGCAGGAUCCGGCGUUCAAUCCCGAGAUGAUCCAGGCCAAGUCGCUGGCGGCCGGAGGCCUCUGCUCGUGGGUGGUGAACAUCGUCCGCUUCUACGAGGUCUACUGCGAGGUGGAGCCCAAGCGGCAGGCACUCGGCAAGGCCAACUCUGACCUCGCCGCCGCCCAGGAUAAGCUGAUGAGCAUCAAGGCGAAGAUCACCGAGCUGAACGCGAACCUGGCCAAGCUCACGGCGCAGUUCGAGAAGGCGACGGACGAGAAGCUCAAGUGCCAGGCGGAGGCGGAGAGCACGGCGCUCACCAUCUCGCUCGCCAACCGCCUUGUUGGUGGCCUGGCCUCGGAGAACGUGCGCUGGGCCGAGGCCGUGGGCUCCUUCCGGCGCCAGGAGCACACGCUGUGCGGGGACGUGCUGCUCAUCACCGCCUUCGUCUCCUACCUCGGCUACUUCACGCGCCGCUACCGCCACGAGCUGAUGGAGGGCCAGUGGAAGCCCUUCCUCAGCCAGCUGAAGGUUCCCAUCCCGAUCACGGAGGGGCUCGACCCGCUGUCGAUGCUGACGGACGACGCCGACAUCGCGGCGUGGCAGAACGAGGGCCUGCCGGCCGACCGCAUGUCCACCGAGAACGCCACGGUGCUCACGGGCACACAGCGCUGGCCCCUCAUGGUCGACCCGCAGCUGCAGGGCAGCAAGUGGAUCCGCAACAAGUACGGCGACGGCCUGCAGAUCGUCCGCAUCGGCCAGAGGGGGUACCUGGACGUGAUCGAGAUGGCGCUGUCGGCCGGAGACACGGUGCUCAUCGAGAACCUGGAGGAGGCGGUGGACCCCGUGCUGGGGCCGCUGAUCGGCAGAGAAACCAUCAAGAAGGGCAGGUACAUAAAGAUCGGCGACAAGGAGUGCGAGUACAACGCCGGCUUCCGGCUCAUCCUGCACACGAAGCUGGCCAACCCGCACUACCAGCCCGAGAUGCAGGCGCAGUGCACGCUCAUCAACUUCACGGUGACGCGCGACGGCCUCGAGGACCAGCUGCUGGCCGCCGUCGUCAGCAUGGAGCGGCCCGACCUGGAGGAGCUGAAGUCGAACCUGACCAAGCAGCAGAACGACUUCAAGAUCACCCUGAAGAACCUGGAGGACAACCUCCUGUCGCGCCUGUCGGCCGCCUCGGGCAACUUCCUGGGCGACACGGCGCUCGUGGAGAACCUGGAGACUACCAAGCGCACGGCGGCCGAGAUCGAGGAGAAGGUCAAGGAGGCCAAGGUGACGGAAUUGAAGAUCAACGAAGCGCGAGAGCACUACCGCCCGGCAGCGGCGCGGGCCUCCCUCCUCUACUUCAUCAUGAACGACCUCAACAAGAUCCACCCCAUGUACCAGUUCUCGCUCAAGGCGUUCAGCGUGGUGUUCCAGAUGGCGGUGCAGCGGGCGGCGCCGGACGAGACGCUGAAGCAGCGCGUGGCCAACCUCAUGGACAGCAUCACCUUCUCCAUUUUCCAAUACACGACUCGGGGGCUCUUCGAGUGCGACAAGCUGACCUUCACGGCGCAGGUCGCCUUCCAGGUGCUGCUCAUGAACCGUGAGAUCAUCCCGCAGGAGCUUGACUUCCUCCUGAGAUUCCCAGCUCAGCCGGGAGUGACCAGUCCCGUGGACUUCCUGUCAAACCAGUCGUGGGGCGGAAUCAAGGCCCUGUCAAACAUGGAGGCGUUCCAGAACCUGGACCGGGACAUCGAGGGAUCGGCCAAGCGCUGGAAGAAGUUCGUGGAGUCGGAGGCCCCCGAGAAGGAGAAGUUCCCGCAGGAGUGGAAGAACAAGACGGCGCUGCAGCGGCUGUGCAUGAUGCGCGCACUGCGCCCCGACCGCAUGACCUACGCCGUGCGGGACUUUGUGGAGGAGAAACUGGGCAACAAGUACGUGGCCGGGCGCUCGCUGGACUUUGCCGUCUCCUUCGAGGAGUCCGGUCCGGCCAUCCCCAUGUUCUUCAUCCUGUCGCCGGGCGUGGACCCGCUCAAGGACGUGGAGCGGCACGGGAAGAAGUUGGGGAUCACGUUUGACCAGGGCAACUUCCACAACGUCUCCCUGGGCCAGGGCCAGGAGGUGGUGGCCGAACAGGCGCUGGACUUGGCCGCCAGGGAAGGCCACUGGGUCAUCCUGCAGAACAUCCACCUGGUGGCUAAGUGGCUGGGCACGCUGGAGAAGAAGCUGGAGCAGCUGGGAGGCGAGUCGAGCUCGCCCCUCUUCCGCGUCUUCGUGAGUGCCGAGCCGGCCUCCUCGGCCGACUCGCACAUCAUCCCUCAGGGCAUCCUGGAGACCUCCAUCAAGAUCACCAACGAGCCACCCUCGGGCAUGCACGCUAACCUGCACAAGGCCCUGGACAACUUCAACCAGGACACCCUGGAGAUGUGCGCGCGGGAAAACGAGUUCAAGAGCAUCCUGUUUGCGCUGUGCUACUUCCACGCGGUGGUGGCGGAGCGGCGCAAGUUCGGCGCGCAGGGCUGGAACCGCAGCUACCCGUUCAACACGGGCGACCUCACCAUCUCCGUCAAUGUCCUCUACAACUACCUGGAGGCCAACGCCAAGGUGCCCUGGGAUGACCUGCGCUACCUGUUUGGGGAGAUCAUGUACGGCGGCCACAUCACCGACGACUGGGACCGGCGGCUGUGCCGCACCUACCUGGAGGAGUACAUCCAGCCCGGCAUGCUGGACGGCGAGCUGUACCUGGCCCCCGGCUUCCCCAUCCCGCCCAACUCCGACUACAAUGCCUACCACCAGUACAUUGACGACACCCUGCCGCCCGAGUCCCCCUACCUCUACGGGCUGCACCCCAACGCCGAGUUCGGCUUCCUGACGCAGACGUCGGAGAAGCUCUUCAAGACGGUGCUCGAGAUGCAGCCCAGGGACAGCAGCGGCGCCGAGGGGGGUGGCUCCACCCGCGAGGAGAAGGUGAAGGCCGUGCUGGACGAGAUCCUGGAGCGCAUGCCGGAAGAGUUCGGCAUGGCGGAGCUGCUGGCGCGUGCCGAGGACCGCACGCCGUACGUGGUGGUGGCGCUGCAGGAGUGCGAGCGCAUGAACCUGCUGACGCGCGAGAUCCGCCGCUCGCUGCGCGAGCUCGACCUGGGCCUCAAGGGCGAGCUGACGAUGACGGGCGACAUGGAGGCGCUGCUGACGUCGCUCUUCUUCGACCAAGUGCCCGAGGGGUGGACCCGGCGCGCCUACCCGUCCAUGCUGGGCCUGGCGGCGUGGUUCAUCGACAUGCUGCAGCGCGCGCGCGAGCUCGAGGCGUGGACGAGCGACUUCGCCCUGCCGCCGGCCGUGUGGCUCACGGGGUUCUUCAACCCCCAGUCGUUCCUCACGGCCAUCAUGCAGUCGGCGGCGCGGCGCAACGAGUGGCCGCUGGACCGCAUGGCGCUGAGCUGCGACGUCACGAAGAAGGCGAGGGAGGAGCUGGGCGGCCCGCCGCGCGAGGGCGCCUACAUCCACGGCCUCUUCAUGGAGGGCGCUCGCUGGGACACGCAGACGGGGAUGAUAGCGGACGCGCGUCUCAAGGAGCUGCUGCCGCCGCUGCCCGUGGUGUUCCUGCGCGCGGUGCCGAGCGACAAGCAGGACACGCGCAGCGCGUACGCGUGCCCCGUGUACAAGACGCGCCAGCGCGGCCCCACCUUCGUCUGGACCUUCCACCUCAAGACCAGGGACAGCCCCGCCAAGUGGACUUUGGCUGGAGUGGCCCUGCUGCUGCAGUCUUAGCUCGGGAGCUCGGCUUCCCGGCUAAUAGAGAUCCCACCCGCCCAAACAGCACCUUACCCACCGACCCACCCACCCGACCCAAUCACCCACCCACCCAAUCAC